GCCGAGGCGGAGGGCGGCGAUGGGGGCCCGGGGCGGCGGGCGCCGCACUCGCUGAGGCCCCGACGCAGGGCCGGGCCGGGCCCAGGCCACGCGCGCCCGACGCGAGAACCGCGACCAGCAGGUGGAGUGCAGGCGCUGGGGUCAUUCAGUAACCAGAUCCUCUGGAGGAAAACACCUGUCCACGGUGGGCCUGGAGCCCUGGAGCAGUUGACCCCAGGCCCUGCAGGUCGGACACCCUUUAGAACAGCCAUUGCCUGGCCCUGCUAGCCUGUGCCUUGGACGGCUGUUCUCAGUGAAGGACCGUGCGGCCGCCCCUGAGCAGCGACCAUGGGCCUGCUUGCCUACCUGAAGACCCAGUUCGUGGUGCACCUGCUCAUUGGCUUCGUCUUCGUGGUGAGCGGGUUAAUUAUCAACUUCACCCAGCUGUGCACACUGGCCCUCUGGCCCAUCAGCAAGCACCUAUACCGCCGCAUCAACUGCCGCCUGGCCUACUCGCUCUGGAGCCAGCUGGUCAUGCUCCUGGAGUGGUGGUCCUGCACGGAGUGCACUCUCUUCACCGACCAGGCCACCGUGGACCACUUUGGGAAGGAGCACGUGGUUGUUAUCCUCAACCACAACUUCGAGAUCGACUUCCUUUGUGGGUGGACGAUGUGCGAGCGGUUUGGCGUGCUGGGGAGCUCCAAGGUGCUGGCUAAGAGGGAGCUGCUGUGUGUGCCUCUCAUCGGCUGGACGUGGUACUUCCUAGAGAUCGUAUUCUGCAAACGGAAGUGGGAGGAAGACCGGGACACCGUCAUAGAGGGACUGAGGCGCUUGGCUGACUACCCAGAGUACAUGUGGUUUCUCCUGUACUGCGAAGGAACACGCUUCACAGAAACCAAGCAUCGCAUCAGCAUGGAGGUGGCUGCCUCCAAGGGGCUGCCUCCACUCAAGUACCACCUGUUGCCCCGGACCAAGGGCUUUACCACGGCAGUCCAGUGCCUCCGGGGGACAGUUGCAGCUAUCUACGACGUGACCCUGAACUUCAGAGGGAACAAGAACCCAUCUCUACUGGGGAUCCUGUAUGGGAAGAAAUAUGAGGCAGACAUGUGUGUGAGGAGGUUCCCCCUGGAAGACAUCCCAGCAGAUGAGACCAGCGCGGCCCAGUGGCUUCACAAGCUGUACCAGGAGAAGGAUGCCCUGCAAGAGAUGUACAAACAGAAGGGUGUAUUCCCAGGGGAGCAGUUCAAGCCUGCCCGAAGGCCGUGGACCCUCCUGAACUUCCUGUGCUGGGCCACCUUCCUCCUCUCACCCCUCUUCAGCUUCGUCCUGGGCGUCUUUGCCAGUGGAUCCCCGCUCCUCAUCCUGACGUUCUUGGGGUUCGUGGGAGCAGCUUCCUUCGGAGUCCGGAGACUGAUAGGAGUGACUGAGAUAGAGAAAGGCUCCAGCUAUGGCAAUCAAGAGCUUAAGAAAAAGGAAUAAUUAAUGCUGUGAUUGAACACCCAUAACCUGAUGCGGUAUCCAAUUAACUCAAUUAAAAACAGAACACCCAAGAGCGAGGGAAAGAGACACUUAGAGACUAUUUUUAUUAUUAACUGGUGACUAAUAUUAACAAAACUUGAGCCAAGAGCAAAGAACUCGGCCUGCCAGCUGAAGAUGGUCGGCCAGCACCGGCAGGGUCCCAUCAGCCCUCUGCGGGGACAGAGGCGGGCUUGGGGGAGGUGGUGGGGCCAUGGCGCUCCCCCAGAACUCCACCUCCAAGAGGCAGCCUUGGCUGCUCUCCCUUCUUAAACUUAGAAUGAGGCUUUUGUUUAUUAUCAGUUAUUUGGGGAAUGUAACCUGGCCCCAACCCUGUGCCCUGCGCCCCAGAACACUGGCUCUCCCUGGGUGCAGGUCAGCCACCGCCUCCUGGGGGCAGGUCAGCUGGCCCCCUGUCCUGCAGCAUUCAUCCUGCCCUGCUUGGCACCUUAGCUUCCAGCCCCGGGAGAGGGAGGAAGUCUUCUUAGAGAUAAGCACACACUGAAUGUGGAUCUGGCCCUUUUGUCCCUCCCCCCCCCCGGGGGGGGGGGACUGAAGAUCACACCUCCGUCAUCUGCAGCGUCAUCUGCAGCGUCCAUUGGCACUGCCUCGCUGGGGGCUGUGUCUAAGCACCUUACUGCUCUUUUAAAAGUGAACGCCCUCCCGAGAACUCUGCAGAAAAUGGAACCCUUGAGUUCAUACAGCACCUCCAUAUUGUUCUCUCUCUCUUCCUCUGUAGCCAGCAGGCUGCCAUCCCGCACAGGGCCAGAUGGGAAGACCACACACGGGCCCCACACCUCAGAGCUGUGGUGCCUGGGGGGGCUCCAGCCUAUGGGACUCCCCUGGGACACUCUUCAGAGGGCCGUGUCACCAUCAGGCCUCCCUGUUCUCAGUCAGACCCUUUUAGUGCUUGUUAGCAUUAGAAUCUCUUUUUACAGGCACAGGUCUGUGGCUGGCUCACCAUCAGGCCUCCAGGUCUGUGGCUGGCUCGCAGCUUCUCCCUGUCCUCCUCCUAUUCUGCCUCUCUUCAGGCAGGUGUCAUGGCUGCUGACCAUACCCACCAUUGCCCCUUACCACCUCAGUGACAUACGCCGUCCUGGCAGAGAACAGGGGACCUCAGCCUGCACUUGGUGCCUUGCCAGGGUCCCUUUGCUGGCCCUGGAGGCCCAUUUCCUUCUCGCUCAGCACAGGAAGGACCUGCCUGGUUUCUGGGAGACCUAGGUCCUCAGGAAACACCGUCAUAAGCUUUUACCUUCUGUCUGGAACUGGCUCUUUUAAAGUCAUUCAUGUUUUCUAACAAGGAAAAUCUGGGUAAUUUUUUUUUUUUUUUUUUUUUUUUUUUUUGGUGGCAUACUGCAACCAGAGCUCAUAGUAAAGGCAGAGAAGAUUUAUAGGGUACACUAGAGGAAGGAGGCCUAGAGAAGCCUGAGUGCAGACCUGGGCCUGACUGUAUGGCCCCAAGUGCUGGGGACCAAUUCACAGAAGAAGCCCCAAGUGCAUGCCUGAUUCACAGAAGAUGCUAAUAGCCUCUACGGUCUAUGCACAAUGGAGUGGUUUCUCCUGUCACUCUUGGGUAACAGCAACACACAAGGCUGCUUGUAAGGGUGAAAGGUUGAGUCAAGCUGAGACACUGAAUCUCUUCCCCUCCAGCUGAAGACUUGAGUGCCCUGGCCUCUGCCAACUAGGAGCCAUCUUGGGCGCUCCUGAGGGUCUGCUCCCUCCCUGGUGGGCUUUUCUUUCUGUCUUUCUGUCUGCUUGGGGUCUCUGUCUUCCCCCACACACCGUCCCCUCACAAAUCGGAAGGAAACAGGCCCAUGGGCCCUGCCCUGCAUGCACCUGCCUCCCCCCUUCCCCCCUGGGGAAAGCAACCUCAGAGCCUUUACCACUUCACUAAUGCCUCUGGCUUCCCACAGAAGCCCUGAGCCUUUGGGGUCAGCUGACCGUUGAGUCUAUGAAUGACAGAGGAGUCUGGGCUGCAGGCUCUGCCCUCCUAGGCCUGCUCAUCAUCCAAUGCAGCGCUUCUGAGAGCAAUAAAAACUACACUAGGAUGUGGGUGUAGGCUUAUUUGGGGGUGGGGCGGGGUCAGAUUUUGCUUUUCAUCUGCUUCAGAAAGAAAAGGGGGAGGAGAGCCCCUUCAAUUUUUCUAUUAAAUUAAUAAAUCUCAGAAUAAUGCUUUUUCUCUUUUUCCUUCACACCCUAUUACUAAUGGGCAUGGCAAAUGUCAUGCCCAGAUUCGGACGGAAUCUGCUGAAGUGUCUGCUGAAGCCGUUUGCUGGUCUUCAGGGAGCCUAUGCUAGAAGCAGCAGGCUUAGGAGCCAGAGGCAUUCUGGAACUGGAGUGGUUGGUGGCCUGGGGUGGGGGGGAGGGGGCUGGCCUGCUAGGCAGGCUCCGCUUCAGGCUCCCCAGGAGAGGGACCCCCACAAGGUCAGCCCAGACUGGGAUAUGGCCUCCUCCCCACUCAGGGUCAAGGGCCAGAUAAGUGAGGGCUCCCACCAUCUCCCCGAGAGACCCUUCCACUGUCCAGGUGGUCUCCCACCUCUGGUCCCUGGCCACACCCACAUACCUCAUGCUGGCCUCUCUGAAGCUGUGCUGAACUUCAGCAAUGGCUGCCAUUCUCCUGACUGCUUGUGCCAUUUCAUGGUACCCAUAUUGAGCAUCUAGGGACUGUGCUUCUCUCUCUGAGGGCUUUGUGUUAGCAUCCUGAUUGGUGACCAUCCUGGAGAAGCAGGGGCACCACACUAGGAAGGCUGAAUGAUCAGAAUGUGGGCAGUUCAGAGAUCAGGGACACUCUCCUUUUGACAAGACUUCUUAACCCAAAGGUUAAACAAACAAAACAAAUGCAUGCUGUUUGUGGGUCUUUAGUGACUGCAUCUCUGAGGCACAUCUCUGAGAUGUUGUAAGCCCUGUCCUGGGGGGAGGGGAUUGGAGGGGGAGAGACGGAACCAGUCUGAUUAAAUAGAUGAGUUCCCGGCUUCUUGAUAACAAAUGGCAACAAUGUAACAACACUUUCUUGUAGGAACAAUGCAGGUGUCUUCACAGAUGCCUUGGGUGCCCCUCCCUCCCCUUUUGUUGUACCUUGCCCCGAGAAUCUUUUCUACCUAGCCUAGCCUUCAUGCCAUCCAAGGAAAAAAGUCUGGGUUAGCCCCAAUUUGUGUCAGGUUCAGGAUGGAAGAAUUAAGUGGCUCUUCCUGCAUGUUGCCCUGUCUCUGCCUGAGACUGUAUAGGACAAGCCAAAAGUAGCCUUCCCAGUCCUGAUGGCCUGCACCUCAACUGUUUGUCCCACACAUAAAUCCAAACCACUAGCUAGAUGCAUGCGACGCUUAGUGCUAGCCAUUUUGGUGUGGCUUCUAGCCCUCUACAGUGUCAUGAAGCUCAGGGUUAGAAUGGCGCACCUGAGAUGCCUGCUGCCUUCUUUCUAGAAACAUCUCUGGCCUAUGGGCCAGCCCCAAACCAAAGGCACCUGGGCCUGGGUUCGGGCACCCCUGACCUGCCUCAGGCCUUGUCCCAGAGUCUUGCCGUGGGGCUGUCAGGUGGGUACUGACAUUCACGCCCCAGAUCCCUGCAUACAGGGGCCAGGAUUUUAAAGUGCAAGUUCAGGCUUUGGGUGAUCUGCUUGGCUGACAGGGUGGACACACGAAUCGAAUUUAUCACAGGCUUUUGAAAUCAGUUAAUCCAGGGGAAAGAUGAUAUUCUCCCAAAUCACUCCAGAAAUCAACCAACGAGAGCACUUUGCAGAGCUACCAGAGAUGGUGGCAUCCUCUCUUCACAGACAGCGACCUGUGAAACUGUGAACUUUGUGCUGACAGGUCACCUGGAGGUUUCUUUUUCUCCAUAGCUUUUUUGGGUUUCUUUCUGUUGCAAAAGUGUUCGGACAGAAGCAGAACUGUGAAUGAGACUCUGAAAUGCACUAAAUUGUAUUCUAUUAAACUGGAGUUACUUGAUUCAAUGAAGAGCUGUACUGCUCUACUUGUAUUUAUUGUCUCAGAGUAGAAACAUUGUGACAAUCAAACAUGACUUGCCUCAAGGCCUGUACCUCCUGGCUUCUGGACCGAGUACCAGUGAGUUCUAUAACUACAGGAAACGGCUCUUUCUGGAAGCCGCACAAACCAUGGACUUUAAUGAUCAAGUGCUGCAGUGGGUGGGGUGCAAAUAUCCGGGUUGCUUUUCCAUUACUGAGAAAUUGCCAUAUGGGACUGUGGGCAGUCUCCAAGGGAUGCUUUGUCUCCAGGGUGCAACUGUGUUAAUAAGGACGUUUCCUUUUGUACUCUUCUUUUUACAAGUUUGCUACUCACAAAGCUUUCUGUAGUAAGGAUGGAGGACUGUGCUCUAGGAAGAUGUCCAGGGCUGGGAGCUACAGUGGACUCCCCAGGCCUGGGUCUAUGGCCUGGCUGUGUUGACUGCUAUGCAAAGCUCUCUCUGUCCACAGCACGUAGAAGGUCACCCCGGCGGUGUGGCACUCCUGCUUGGUGGAACUUUCUAGGUAAAAUGCAUAAGUAUCAUACUUGUUUAUUACAAACACUGUUGUGAAACAAGGGAUCAUAAAAUAUCCACAAUAUAUGAGAAAGUGA